AUGGGGAAUAACCCCUCCCGAGCAUCUGCCCAGCCGCAGCAACAGCAGCACCACCACCGACAUCAUCACCUCAGCCAGCAGCACUCCACCCCUACCUCACCCCCGAUAGCAAAUGUCCCCGCCCGUGCCGCAUCAACCUCUUCAUCUCGGACAAUAAUCAACCGCCGGAAUAGUCUUCAGCCGGCACCAUCGAAGCACACCAGCACUUCGGCCUCUGUACCCCCGGAAGACCCUCUCACCCUUCCCAUACGCCCCCACAAUGAGCCUGCGAGCGCUACCGAGGCGCGCUAUAUGCCCCAGGGACGGCGCGAGAGCAUUGCGGAGGCAAUCUCGUCCGUACCAUGGACCAUCAGUCAUACUGCUCCCCGCCCUACCCCUGGCUUUGACGAUGACGACGCGUUGAGUUCUCCGACCCUUCAAAAAUUGCAGACGGCAAGCAGCACUCCCACUGCGACUGGGGAGGAUCUCCCUUCUCGAGAAGGCACCCCACUGUCCGCCGGACCGCAUGCCGAUCCUUUGACCAAAAGAGGGAGCAUGGGAUCGACCACCACCAUUGACGAAGAAGAGGUAGACGUUGCCGAUACGAGAACAAUACCCACACUCGUCCAAUGGCUGCAGGGCGGUCACAAAGUAUAUGUUACGGGCACAUUUUCCAAUUGGCGGAAGAGGUUUAAAUUGAACAGAAGGUUUGUCCCCUCCAUCCCUCUCCGCUCCGCCCUACACCUCAAUGCUAAAGUGAUCAUACACAGCCCAGACGACGAGACACUGUCAGCCAUCGUACCUCUCCCACCGGGCACCCACCACCUGAAAUUCUUCGUUGAUGGGGAGAUGCGAACAUCAGACAACCUUUCGACAGCAGUAGACGAUACGGGAAUCCUAGUGAACUACAUUGAAGUAAACGCCGACGACAUGCCCCCACUCGACCGCCAACACUCUCCGCCAUCGCCGUCAGGCUCCACGCAUCACCCUCACGCGUCGGCAAAUCUCCUCUCGAAUUUGUCAAAGAAGAAGAAGCGAUACACGAAUGAGAUACCCGCCUACCUCUGCGAUCUUGAAGAUGGCGGGGAAGAUGGUCACAGGAUUGGGAAUGAAGAUGGGGAUAUUCCAGCGCCGCCUAGUCUACCGAUGAUGUUGCAGAAGGUUAUCCUCAAUACUAGUUCUGCUAUGAAGGAUGACGCGAGUGUGCUUGGGAUACCGAAUCAUGUGGUUUUAAACCACUUGGCUACCAGUUCUAUCAAGAAUCAGGUUUUGGCGGUUAGCGCUACCACGCGAUAUCGGAAGAAGGUAUUCCCCCAACCCCCUCGUCCGCCCAAAAAUUUCCCCUUCUAUUAUUCAGCAGGACCUAAUUGUCUUUCUUUUCUUCUUCGAUAGUACGUCACGACGAUACUGUAUAAAUCAACAACGGAAUAAUAAUGGUGACAGUCGCUGUAUUUAUAUGAAUUUUUUUUUUUCUUCUACCCUUCAUUUCUUUCUCCCAAUUCUUGAAAUGGCUGUACAUCAAGGCGAACGACCGAGGACAAAGGCAAUUGUUGGGGAGUAUUACUCCGGGAUAUCGUCAAGAGGGGCUUCGGGGGGGGAGGAGUGGAGGGGGACCAACGAUGUAUUCAAAACACCAUAUCUGAAUAUCCCAAUUAAAUAACCGGGGUUAUCUAU